UUUCGCCAUUUAUAGUCAUCUUUAAUUUUGGUGCCAAACAUUUUAUUUGUUUCGAUCGCCAAAUUACAAUGAGUUCCUUGACAGUAACUGCUGGUCGAGACGGCUCUCGAUCGUUUGGAGGUCAUGAUGACAGGUGGUCAGGCAAACAGAGAAAUCAAAGACGUGGAAGAGGAAAGUCCUAUUACAGCAGAGGAAGCUAUAACAGAGGCGGUAAUAAAGGUCCCAGGGGUGGCGGUGUUAACCCUCGUUCAAGAUUCACAGAUGAAGAUGACGAUGUCAACAUGGAUUCAUCCAGUGGACAUAUCAACAGGAGAUUUGAUCCAUAUGGCCAAGGUGGUGGCUGGAACAGGCGAAACAGAGGACGGGGCAGUUUUAAAGGAGGCAGAUACCAUGGUGAUUUCCAGAGUCAUAAAGACACUGGUGCAAUGCAAAGAAUGGGUUUACCGGUCAGCAGACAGAACCAGUGGUACAAAAUAACGAUACCUCACGGCAAGAAAACGGGAAAAGAUGAGAUUCUGAAACUGAUUAAUUCUGUCAUUGGUGCACCCUUUCAGCCUGUUUAUUUUCACUAUCAGAAUAAGGACGCCUUGUUUUAUGUGAAAGAUUGGGACCAAGCAACAGCACUGAGACGCACGAGCAAGAUGAUCACAUUGCCGUCAGGCUUUAAGAUGAUUGUUGUGGUUUCGCCAUGUAGCCCUCCAGUAAUACCAAUGGACAAAGAAAGCAUUGAAAAACUGCAGAAGAGAAUGAGUGAACGAUAUGACCCUGCGUCUAAGUGUUUGGAUCUCAGUUCACUCUACCAAGAUGAAGUAUUGAGUGCUAGUGGUCUGUAUUUAGCCCUGAAUCGAGCCAACACAAUGUCAAAUGUGGUGAAAAUUAUUCAGGAAAAUAUCCCAGAGCUUGUUGGUUUGGAUCUGAGCAGUAAUCGUCUUCUGUCACUGAGUCACAUGACAGAUUUGGUUUCAGCUGCGCCAUUUGUAACCAAAUUAAACAUUGGAAAAAAUCAGUUGCGGUCGAUUGAGGAACUUCAGAAGAUUGAAGGAUGGAAGUUGUUACAGCUCGUCUUGGAUGGCAAUGAUUUGUGUGACCGCUAUAAAGAGCGGUCUGAGUACAUUAGCAUGGUUCGAAAGAGGUUUCCUAAAGUUAUCAAUCUGGAUGGGCAUGAACUUCCACCACCUAUAACAUUUGACCUGGAAACGACGACAGUUAUACCUCCAUCAAAGGGAAGUUACUUCAUGAAUGACGAAGUGAAGACAAUUGUGGUGAAGUUUCUCAAAGAAUACUACACGAUCUAUGAUUCAGAUAACAGGCAGCCACUGUUUGAGGCCUAUCAUGAACAGGCUGUGUUCUGUAUAGCAACUGCAUACAAUGGCACUUUGGAUUACAAGCAGCCAUCACUGACAGAUUAUUUGCAAGAAAGCCGAAAUAUCUUUCGAGUAAAGGACACAGCACGUCGCGAGAAAUCAAUAAAGAAUGGACGCCUGCCUGUUGUAUCCCAACUUUGUCUGCUACCCAAGACCACACACGAUCCAAACUCUUUUGUUGUUGACAUUAAUAUAGUCAGACCAACUUUGUUGAGCUUUAGCUUGACAGGAAUAUUUAAAGAAACUGAAAGCAAAUCUGACAAGCCACCGAUACGAGCAUUCAACAGACUGUUUGUCACAGUGCCUUGCGGAUCAGGGAUGGUUAUCACCAAUGAUGUAUUAACGAUCACCAAUGCAUCACCGGAACAAUCACAGUCAGCAUUCAAAAGUACCGGUCCCACCCCCUCUUCCAGUCCCGUGUCGAGUGCCCCACCUGCCGUUCCAUCGACUAGCUUGUCACCUAUACCUGGGACGAGUGCUGUACCCAACAAAGAGAUGAUUCAACGCUUUUCUGCCGAAUCAGGGAUGAAUGCAGAGUGGUCGCACAAAUGCCUUGAGGAAAAUGGAUGGAACUAUAAAAAAGCUGCUCUGGUGUUUACUGAAUUGCAUUCCCAAGGAAAAAUUCCUCAAGAUGCUUUUGUGAAGUGAGAGAUUGACAGUUGUUGGUUAAAAAGAAUAUUUACCAGUUUGUUAACCGUUAAUGACUCAAGUUCAGAAAGAAAGGAGAGUCAACAAACUUUAGUUUAUCAGUGUUAUCAUCAUGUUUUAAAUCACAGUUCUGAUGUCAACGAACGUGCUGGUGGCUUGUUUCAGUAAACAGAUGAUUCUGCUACUCCUGUUAUUGUGCUGUUGUGUAUCACAGUAGUUCAAACUGUUAUUGUUAUCAUUUCUUCAGUUUCAUUUCACACACUGUACCAGUGGCGUUACAAGAUUCCAUUUAAAACUCUUUGUUCUAUGGUGAUUUUAAUUAAAAAUUCCAUUUUUAAAAGAAAUUGUUGAUACUGCAUAGACCGAUGUGAAAACUACACAUCAAGUGACAUUUUACUUUGGAAGAUAGGUUAUGGCUGUCUGAAUGAACCACGUGUUAAUAUUCAUCAACGAGUUGGAACAUCAGAUUCCAUGUACAAUAGGUACAAAAGAAGAGAUCAACAGGAACUGUGGGUCUUGUGUUUUAAGUGCACUAGUAUGUGAAAAAGUAUUCGAUUCCAUUGCUUCAAUACUGCAGACCUGGCAGUUGUAAAUUUUAUGUCUUCCGUCCAUUGUUUUGUUUGUUGUUCGUGUAAUAAGUCUAAAGAGCUGUAAGAGACUUAGCAAAUGCUGUUAGAAUCUUAAGACUCAUUUGAAUGAUAUGAAGGUUCCAAGGAAAUAACCUAUGAUAUCCAAACAGAUAGUAUUACAACAGUCAUUUAUGUCAAGUUCACAAUGACUUUAAAUUCAAAACCUAUAAUUAUGAUAGGCCAUUAAACAUUGGUAAAUUAUGCUUUCUUAGGUUUAAAUAUUCCACAAUUGUGGAGUUGUAAACUUUAAAAUUAAAAAAUUAAAAAUAUAACCAUACCAAAAAUGUGACAUUACAGGUUAUUCUCGUGGACCCUUCAUAUAUAUUAACUGAAGUGUGUGUGUAUGUUUUAAUUUAUGCAAAUGAUAAAUGUUUUUGUUAAAACAUAGUUCAUUAAUAUUACUACAUAAUGAAUGGGAAGUGAGAAGACGUUUAUCUUACAUAAUUUGGUGAAAUAUCUACUCUUUUGCACAGGACUUGUUUGAUUUUUUCACAAGUUAUUGCUCAAUAUUCAGACAUCCAUUCCUGUGUGUUGUAGAAGAAUAAAGAACUAUCUCUACCUUUUAUUAAAUGACUUCAUUCUAGUCAUCUUGGUUUAAUUAUUGAACUUUAUCAAUAAUGUAAACAGGAAAUAUUAAUGUAAUAAAUUGAUUUGGUUCAGCUUCCAUUUAACUAUUUGUUUUUAUAUCUCUUGUAUUAACAACAAAUACUGUUGUUUAUUUUGGACAGUACUAUCAAGUAUUAUGUAUCACUGCUACAUAUGAUUAAAACAAACUUGAGUUUUUUCCUUCUGUUUUGGCUUUACAAACUUGAUCGACAACACUGAAACAAUGAUUUGUUUGGCCAGAACGAUUUUAAUUAUCCUCAUUGCCAGUGUGUUAAUACACAUGUAUGUAAUAGUCAAACCCGACAUACAUACAAUAUACAAAUAUUUAUACAUCAAAACAUACCAGCCAGUGCCAGGUUUACCCACUGUUUAAUCACGCAAGUGGGAUCAAUUGCAUAGCUUGUAAGCAUAUGGUUCAUUGAAAGAGGUUUUUUUUUUUAAAGAAUAACAGAGCGUAUCAUGACAAGGUGCAGGUGAUUCGUUGGUUCGAGUUUUACCAACAGCAUGAGACAAUUUGUGAGUCCAGAAAGAAUUAAUUAUCCCCUGCACCAGUGCAUUAACAUCUAUGUAUGUAAUAGUCAAACCUGACAUACACACAAUAUAUUAACUACACUGAAACAAUAUAACAUGUCUUGACUUAAUUUAGAAAUUCUUUUAUUACUUUUGUAACAGUUUCCAAAUAAAAUGGGCAGCACAUUGUAUAACAUUUUGAUGCAGAUCACAUAUUUCUACUGCUUGUGUCAUAUCACUGAAGGACUAUUGCAGGAACAUAAAUAAUUUUAGUACAAGGUUAGUUGUGUGGGUAUAGAAAAUGAUGUGAUUCACGUGAUGUCAUUAAUAUUUAAACUGAAUCGAGUGUGUUGUUUGUUUUUAUUUUAUGUUAAGAAAAAACUGUUGUACAAAAGAAUGUAUUUUAUUUUUAUGCUGCAUAAUUGUAUGCUAUGAAAAAAGUCAUUAAAUCAUCCAAAGCUGA